AUGGCUUUACCAAGUCAAAAAACUCUAAAUGUAGCAGAUAAACCAUUGUCUAUUAGCAACUCCGUAAAAUCAAUGGAAAUACCAAAUAUAAUACCACUAACCAGAAUCGACAAAACAUUAGUUAUAGAAAUUUUGAGUAUAAUAGCAACAAUAUUAAGUGCCAUAAUAGCAAUAGUAUUGUAUUGCCUAAAAAAACAAACUAAAAGAAAUGCUAGUAUCGACAACAAGCCCAACAAUCAAUUACCCAUCACUCAAACGCCCAACUUACUAUUUACGCAACAACUGAUAGAAAAAGAAUUAACACCUAAACAGAUAGCCCGAUUAGCAGACCAAUUAAAAGCCAACCGAGCUGUAAACCAAACUACUAAAGGCAAUAAAAGACCAAAUAAACCUCAUAUUGUAAGAACAGGAUUACCUCCACCAGCACUAACCAAACCAAACAGAAAAUACUGA